CGAGGACGGCUCCACUGCCAAGCAGUCCAAGUAGACGAGCCCAGAUCCUGAAGAUGCUGUCAGCUCUGGAGGAACUCCACAGGGUGAGGAAUGGUACCCGGAGUACGAGGAUCACUGUGAUGGCCAGAGCAAAUGGCAAAGUUUCCGGGAAGAAAAAUAAACGGGUGACUGCAGAGGACAGUGUGAAAACAACCACAGUGCCUCCGAUGGAAGCCGGUGGUAAUGCUUUCAAAGCCAGCACGGAUCACAUUGACCCUAGCAGCUGGGCUUUCAAGAAGUCCCUCCCUCCACAGCCGAAGAAGCCCAAUAAGAGAGUAUGCUUCUGGAAGUAUUGCUCCCAGAACUGACCCCUCUUCAGUGACCCUCCCAUCUCUCUAUCAACCCCCC